AUGCGGGAACGAAGAAUCGAUAGAACCAACGGAACGGCCGUUAAACGUGGAUCACAGAAUAUGAAGAUAUACAAAAUUAUGGCAGUGGUAGGAAUUAAUGGAUUUGGAAGAAUAGGAAGAAUGUGUCUUCGAGCUUGCCUCGAAAAGCGCAUUGAAGUAAAAUUAAUUAACGAUCCAUUCCUCACAACCGAAUAUAUGGUAUACCUUUUUAAACACGAUUCUACUCACGGACCGCAUCCUUUAUCUCUGGAGUAUGAAAAUGAAUUUAUAAUUAAUGAUGAGAUAAGAAUAGCAACGUCACAAGAAAAACAACCAUGGAAAAUACCGUGGAAGAAAAUGGGAGUGAUAUAUGUAAUAGAAGCUAGUGGAGUACUUACAACUUUGGAAAAAUCAAGCUUGCAUAUCGAUGGCGGCGCAAAAAAAGUUAUCAUUACUGCACCAUCAAUUGAUGUACCGAUGCUUGUUUUUGGAGUCAAUCACACUUGUUACAAUCCCAAGAAAGACAAAGUUAUUUCUGCUACAUCCUGUACUACAAACUGUUCAGCUCCAAUUGUGAAAAUUAUGCACGAUAACUUUGAAGUUCUCGAAGCGAUGAUAACUAGCAUACACGCAGUGACAGCAACACAAAAUACUCUGGAUGGUCCAAUAGAGAAGCUUCGACCUACGGCAUUGUGGAGGGACGGUAGAGGUUCUCUCCAGAAUAUUAUUCCGACCGCAACCGGCGCAGCCAAGUCAUUAGCCAAAAUUAUCCCCGAGCUGAAAGGCAAGAUUUCAGCCAUAGCGUUCAGGGUACCGAUCCCUAACGUUUCAUUAUGCGAUAUGACAUUCAGGAUCAAUAAACCGGCGACGUACGAAGAAGUGAAAGAGACGAUGAGAAAAGCAUCCGAGGGGCAACUGAAAGACGUGCUGGGAUACACGGAGGACGACUGCGUGUCGUCGGACUUUAAUCACACGACUUAUUCUUGCGUGUUUGACGCCAAGGCGGGCAUUCCACUAACCAGUACUUUCAUCAAAAUCGUCGCUUGGUAUGACAAUGAAUAUGGUUAUGCACAUCGUAUAAUCGAUCUGGUUGAAUAUAUGUAUAAAGCUGAUUCCGGUAAUGUUCCUGUAACUGGACAAGCUAUCGAACAUGAUGAUUAAAAACAAUUUACCUUUAAAAAUUUGAAUAUGCAUGUGAACAUGUAUUCCAUUUUCACGAAUCUUCGCGA